AUGACCUGAUGUAAAAUUUACUCAUCCAAAAUGGCGUUGAAUCGAGCGAAUGAUGAUAAGUCAAGGCCAGGACUGAAGAAGUUGGAUUUCACACGCAUUAGUCUCAAUGAUAAUCCAGAAAGCACAGUGCUGGAUGGAAUGUCAUCUAGCAGACUAAGUCUAGUAACUAGCCCCAGUGAUUCCAGCAUUAGUAGUACACACAGUAGCAAUGGCAGCCAUCAAAGAGCCGAGUCCACACUUGAUAGAAUUCGUUCCCGCAGUCUGGACUCCAUCGGCAAGCUCAGUAUUUCUCCUGAUGAAACAUAUGACUUUACAUCCGAAGAUUUGGAAGACAGAGGAGAGAUUGGGCGAGGUGCGUUUGGUUCCGUUAGUAAAAUGUGGCAUUCAAGGAGUGAUUCCAUUAUGGCAGUCAAGCGAAUUCGAUCUACGGUAGAUGAGAAGGAACAGAAACAACUCUUGAUGGAUCUUGACGUCGUUAAGAGAAGUAAUCACUGUCCAUGUAUUAUCAAGUUCUUUGGAGCGCUGUUCAAAGAGGGUGAUUGCUGGAUAUGCAUGGAGCUGAUGGAUACCUCAUUAGAUAAAGUCUACAGAUUUGUGUGUGAACAUCUCAAGAGUCGUAUCCCUGAACCCAUCCUAGGAAAGAUCACCGUCUCUACUGUCACAGCUCUGAAUUAUCUGAAGGAGGAACUCACAAUCAUCCACAGAGAUGUGAAGCCCUCUAACAUCCUUCUAGAUACCAAAGGCAACAUCAAGCUAUGUGACUUUGGCAUCAGUGGUCAACUUGUAGACUCCAUUGCUAAGACCAGAGACGCAGGAUGCAAACCAUACAUGGCUCCUGAGAGAAUAGAUCCAUUGGCGUCAAGGGAAGGCUACGACGUCAGAUCCGAUGUAUGGAGUCUUGGAAUCACAUUAAUUGAGUUAGCGACAGGGAAGUUUCCCUAUCCCAAAUGGAACAGUGUGUUUGAUCAGCUAGCGCAGGUUGUUAAAGGCCCACCACCAAGGCUUUUCAGUUCAGCUGAUCUACCAUUCUCAAAGAACUUCACAGACUUUGUCAGUCAAUGUGUAACAAAGAAUGAGAAGGAGAGACCGAAGUACAAGCAGCUCUUGGAACAUCCGUUCAUCAGGAAAUACGAAAGAGAACAUGUCGAUGUAGCUGGAUACGUCUCAAAUAUCGUUGAACAGAUGAACGAGGCAGGGUUGAACUUUAACAUGGAUUAUUAAUUGCAUCAAAUCAGGUAGAGUUAUUGUAAAUGUGAUUGUAAGCUAGAGCUGUCAUAACUGGCUCUCGGGUGUUUUAACUAGCAUUGGCCAGCAGACCACUCUUAAAGGCACUGGACACUAAUGGUAAUUACUCAAAACACGUUACUUGGUAAUGAGCAG